GCAGCCAGUGCCAAGGAGCAAGCUGCUCCAGGCUAGCAAUCUCGCUGCCCGUCACUGCUGCUCCCCUGGCCUGGCUGCAGGGCCGUGGGAAUGGCUCUGAAUGUGGCUCCUGGCAGCCAUGCCCCCGCCACAGCUCCUGGCCCCUGCUGGAUGCCCUCCGGAGCAUCUCUGGUUGCUAUGGGGCCCGGGUCAUUACACCGUGCGGCACUGGGGCUGUGGGACUGCCCUGGCCUCCCCCAGGGCUAAUUACUGCAAGGAGGGGGUGGGGCAGGGGGUGCCCGCAGCUGCCUCUGCUGGUGCUGAGCACAGGUGCCUGCCCAUGGGGUACGCAGGAGGCUGUGCUCUGCCUUCUUUGUCUCUGCUCUUCGCACACAGCAGGGCUGGCUCCUGUCCUCAGUGCCCCGGGACAGCCAGUGGCAAGGCCUUCCCCGCAGCAGCUGCCCCCUCCGGUUGGACCCCGUCCCUGCCAAGCCGGGCCCCAUGCACUGGCAAUACACCUUGCGAGCUGCUCGCCAGAGGCCCCUUGGCCCAGGGCUGUGAGCUUGGAGCACCAGGAGACCCGGCACGUACCAAACCGAAGGCCGUGGGAUGGGAGCUCAGUGAUGGGGCUGGGCAGUGGCCUUGGGGUAUGGGAUGGUCCUGGGUACAAUGCCAGGCUCAGGCUUGUGCUCCAGAAUCGGAGCUGCUCCCUAACGAACAGCUCUAGCCCCAUGGCGUGGGAAAACCUCCCAGACAGGGCCCCGGUAACCGGGGCAGGAGGCCUGCCUGAGUCUGCAGAGAGCCUGAAGCAGGAGGGCAGAGGGGAACGGCGGCUCACGGCAGCGCUGGUGGCUGGAACAGACCUGGCAGGUCUCUGCUGGCAGCCGGGGUCAGGCUGCCGCUGCGGGAGGCUCGUCUGGGGCGUGCAUGGACAGGUGAAAGGGAUCCUGGCAGCUCGUGUGCAGGGCGUUCCCGGGCUGGCUGCUCUGUGGGUGGGGAGGGCGGUGACGAGCCGGCAGGAGGAAGGGGCUGACCCUCCCCCCCAUCCGCAGGGCGCCUAUAAGUGCAGCAAUUAACGGCUCUGGCUUCUGAACAACCACUAAUGGAGCCCCUGGCGGGGGCCCAAGGCCCUGCUGCUGGGCGGGGGCAGGGCAGGAGAGUGCUUCUGGCAGGCCAUGGCUGGUUCUCCCUCUGCCCCACUUGGCAGAGUUCUUCUGAGAGGCCAUCUUGUCACUGCCCCCCCCCCCGGUGCCCCCCACCCCGCUGCGCCGCCAUUCCCCAGGCCACGCCUCUGCCCCAUGGGGGGUUAGACAAGGGGCCUCUCACCCUAGGCAGGAGCACGGCCGCCCCAUGCCAGCCUCACCACCCAGAGCUGGGUGCGGUUGGACUUGUGCUGGCGCAGCGGGGCGUACUCCCUACUCCUCUGUGUGCCCUUCCCCACCUGCUCUCCAGCCAGCGCCACCUUCCCCUCCCGCACAGAGUCAGAACCCCCGUCACCCCCAGGUUUGGCUUUAUGAACAAAACCUCCCAACCAAAGAACAGCUCAGCCCGUCUGCCCAGGCUGGGCUGCUCCAAGGCUCCUCUCUCCAGCCUGCUCAGCCCGCACCCUUGAUCCUCUCUCCCCAGGGAGCCCCUGCCCCGGCCCUAACACCCAGCAGGGUAAUGCCCCUGCCUGGGGGGUCACCAGCACCCACUUUCCUGGCUGACAAGUGGGGCUCAGGAAUGCCAGCGCCAGCCUCAAAAGUGCCUGCAGCCUCCUGCCCCAUCGGGCACUGGCUCCCAGAGAGGCUCAUUAGUGAUGUGCCCGCCUCCCUGGCUCAGCCGGGUCCCAGUGGAGCUGGGCAGUAAGUGCAGAAGGCUCAUGUGGGGAAGUCUUAAUGGCUGUGUGCAGGAGAGGCGCUGGCUGGGCCCGAGAUGGAGGCGGGGGCAGGAGGGGCCGUGGUUUCUGUUUCCUCAGACUGGAGCCUGAGCUGCCUCUGCCCAAGGAGCAGACGAGACGAUGCUGCACAGACUCCUGCUGGGUGGCCUCCUCUGCACCACGCUGCCUACCAGCUUCCUCGGCACAGCCUCAGCCCGUAACCUGCAGCUCUGCGAGGGAUAUCCCAGCCCUGAUGGGCGCUACCACUCCGGCUUCUACUGCCCACGCCUCACUGACCCCCCUGCACACAGGUACUGCUGCCGCCACGGAGACCACGCCCUCAAAUCCUGCUGCCCCCAGCUGGAGUUUGAGAGCCUGAGGAGAGUCAAUCUGUCCAACGUGCCCACCCCAGCCAGACUCAGGAACCCACUGCCCCUGCUGGCUGUGGGGCUCUACGGCCUCCUCAUCCUCACGCUCAUGAGCCUCGACUUCCUCCACUUCUGCAGACUGAACCAGCGCCGCUUCUACAGCCUCUUGAGCAGCAGUCGCGUGGGCAAGCGCCUGGCCAGCUCCUUCCCACGGCCCGGCCCAGCGCAAGGAGGGGCCCAGCAGCAGGAGCUGCCCACGGCCCAGCUCGGAGCUGCCCACGGCCCGGCCCGGAGCUGCCCACGGCCCGACCCGGCGCAAGGAGGGACCCAGCGGCAGGAGCUGCCCACGGCCCAGCCCGGAGCUGCCCACGGCCUGGCCCGGAGCUGCCCACGGCCUGGUCCGGAGCUGCCCACGGCCCGGCCCGGCGCGAGGAGGGACCCAGCAGCAGGAGCUGCCCACGACCCAGCGGCAGGAGCUGCCCACGGCCCGGCCCGGCGCGAGGAGGAACCCAGCAGCAGGAGCUGCCCACGGCCCAGCCUGGAGCUGCCCACGGCCCAGCUCGGAGCUGCCUACGGCCCGGCCUGGCGCGAGGAGGGACCCAGCGGCAGGAGCUGCCCACGGCCCAGACCAGCCAGGACAGCAAGUGUGAAGAGCCGGGACUGCAGUGACUGGGGGGUGAUGCUUGGGGCAGAGGGCGUGUCGGCUGUAGGUAUUACAGAGGCACUGUUAGCAGAGCCUGUCGCGCUGCCACUGUGA